AUGAAUAAAAUAAAAGUUGUCAAUCCCAUCGUGGAGAUGGACGGUGAUGAACAAACAAGAGUUAUUUGGAAGCUUAUCAAAGAAAAGUUGAUAUUGCCAUAUCUAGACGUGGAUCUAAAAUACUACGAUCUUUCUAUCCAGGAGCGUGACAGGACUAAUGAUCAGGUUACAAGGGAUUCAGCUUAUGCGACCUUAAAAUAUGGUGUAGCCGUCAAAUGUGCUACUAUAACUCCGGAUGAGUCCAGAAUGAAGGAAUUUCAUUUGAAGAAAAUGUGGAAAUCUCCGAACGGAACAAUUAGAAACAUCUUAGGUGGAACAGUCUUCAGAGAACCUAUCAUUAUCCCCAAAAUACCUCGUCUGGUUUCCCACUGGGAGAAACCAAUAAUAAUAGGUCGCCAUGCUUUUGGUGACCAGUAUAGAGCUACUGACAUCAAAAUAAAAAAGGCAGGUAAAUUGAGAUUGCAGUUCAACUCAGAUGAUGGUAAAGAGAACAUCAAUAUAAAAGUUUAUGAAUUCCCUGAAAGAGGCGGAGUUGCAAUGGCAAUGUUCAACACAAACGAUUCCAUUGAAGGGUUUGCGAAGGCAUCCUUCGAAUUAGCUCUCAAGAGAAGGCUACCCUUAUUCUUUACGACCAAAAACACCAUUUUAAAAAGCUAUGACAAUCAAUUUAAAGAAAUUUUCGAUAAGUUGUUUGACGCAGAAUAUAAGGAAAAAUUUCAGGCUUUAGGCAUAACAUAUGAGCAUCGCUUAAUUGAUGAUAUGGUGGCACAGAUGUUAAAAUCCAGGGGCGGUUUCAUUGUCGCCAUGAAGAAUUAUGAUGGAGAUGUUCAAUCCGAUAUUGUAGCACAAGGAUUCGGCUCUCUUGGUUUAAUGACGUCCCUCUUGAUCACUCCAGAUGCUAAAACAUUCGAAAGUGAGGCUGCCCACGGUACGGUGACACGCCAUUUUAGACAGCAUCAAAGAGGUGAAGAGACAUCAACAAACUCAAUAGCAUCAAUAUUUGCCUGGACGAGGGCCAUCAUACAAAGAGGCAAAAUGGACGGUACAGGCGAUGUCGUGAAAUUUGGAACCUUAUUGGAGAAGGCUACUUUAGAUGCAGUACAGAAGGACGGGAAAAUGACGAAAGAUUUGGCUUUGAUGCUCGGAAAGACCAAUAGAUCAUCAUAUUUAACCACAGAAGAAUUUAUUGACGCAGUAUCCAAAAGGCUCGAAAGCACGAUCCAUAACAUUAAUGAAGGCAAAAAAAGCAUGUGCAAACUGUAA